UCACACAUAAAAUGUCAGAAAACUUGGUGUUUUAUUUGGAAGCAAAGUCCAUCAUGGACACAGUUAUAGAGGCCGCUGUCGAUGUUGUUGGACAUUCAAAGGAGGGAGCUGCAAGGAAGGAGCAAAGUGAGAAACAAAAGUCAGAUUUUGUGGAAAUGUUGUCACGAGAGGCAACGAGAAAGAUCAGCUCGGUUUUCUCCCAGCUGUCGUCGCUGCUGCAGGCCGAAAACAGGACGCUGAAGAGCAGAGUGAAACAUCUGGAGAGCGAGCUGAAGGCCGUGACCGAACGGUUUGAAAACGCCAGACUGUGGAGGGAGAACGUCCUGAGCGGCUGCCCGGUUCUGUUCGAGCAGAGCGGCCUGAUCUUCACCCUGAAGCCUUUCGGGAAGUUAAAAAGAAAGAUGGAUAAAGAGGCAGACGGAGCCACAGAAUCAUCACCUGCUGCUGCUGCUGCUGCUCAGGUGAAUCACGGACAGAAAGCAGUAAUUUCUCAUACAGAAGGUGGAGAGGUGGCAAAGGAGGCGACUUCAUCAAGACAAGUCAUCUUUGCUACUCCUGUAGAGGAUUGUACCACAACAAACACAGCCGGAGCCAAAUCCACACAGGGAAACGAGGUGAAGAAGAAAGGGAAGGUGUUUGUGUGUGACGUCUGCAGCAAGAGCUUCAACCGGCAGUUUCACCUGAUGAAGCACAUGAACACUCACAGAGAGCAGAGGCCGUACGCCUGCCAGCAGUGCCCGAGGAGAUUCAGGAACACGGCGACGUUCGAGUACCACCUGCUGCGACACGAGGAGAAGAAGUACGCCGCCUUCGAGUGUCAGCUUUGCCAGAAGACAUUCAAAACCAAAAUGCACCUGAAGACCCACCAGCUGGUCCACUCGGACACGAGGCCGUUCGUCUGCUCGUCCUGCGGGAAGGCCUUCAAAACCAAACACAACCUACAGGCUCACCAGGUUGUUCACACCGUGGAGAAGCCACACAAAUGCUCAGAGUGCGGCGAGAGUUUCAGAUAUGCCUUCACGCUGCAGUGCCACCGAAGCGUUCACACCGGCGAGCAUCCGUACAAAUGCUCGGUUUGUGGCAAAGCUUUUGUAAAGAGGCGAUCGCUCCGGACGCACCAGUCGGUCCACAGAGGGAAGAUGUUCACAUGCGAGACGUGCGGCGCAGGAUUCACCCUUCAGCACAACCUGAAGAGACACAUUCGUAUCCACACGGGGGAAAAACCGUUCAAGUGUAAAGUGUGCGGGAAGAGUUUCAUUCAGGACAACAAGCUGAAAGCGCACAUGCUUCUUCACGGAGCAUCCAAGGCGUUCAUGUGUGACCUGUGUGGGAAGACUUUCCUCUACAACUGCCAGCUGAAGAAGCACCAGAAAGUGACUCAUGAUGAAAGACACGGGCAGGUGGUUAGGAGACGAACUCGAGAGCGAGGCAGCCGCAGAGUCAUCUACCGACGGGACCGGACGACCGUCAACGUGACGCCGUUCAGCUGCAGGAGCUGCAACAAGGGCUUCGACACCGCGAGCUCUCUGAAGAGACACGAGCUAAUCCACUCGGGGAACAUGCAGUACAGCUGCGACACAUGUGGCAAGUCUUUUUACUACAAAGCCACCUACGAUUACCACCUUCGAAUCCACUCAGGAGAAAGACCGUUUGGUUGUGAAGUGUGCGGGAAAAGGUUUAUCAUCCUUCAGGCGCUGAAGUCCCACAAGCUGCAGCACUCUGGAGAGAAACCGCAUAAAUGUGAGCAGUGCGGCAAAGCCUUCAGGAUCUACACAAACUACCAGAGACACCUUCGGAUCCACACAGGAGAGAAGCCCUACGAGUGCGAGGUCUGUGGAGUCAGGUUCAGGCAGCUCGGACAUGUCAAGUUUCACAUGCAGAUCCACACGGGAGAGAGACCGUAUUCCUGCAGCAGCUGUGGACUCGGAUUUUCAGACUCAAGGCUGCUCAAAAGACAUAACUGUAGCGAGAAAUACCAGAAAAUGUUGGGAAAUGUGCUCACAACAUCCUGAUAAAGACAGAAAUUGACAUAAAUGUUCAUUGUCAAAGUGUUACUUCUGGUCAUAAUUUUAAACUACAUGAAUAAUUUGCACAUUUUAAGGCAGCUUGUCAUGAAAUAAAUUGUCAUUGUGAACUUUGAAGUGUUUUUUAGCUGCAUUUAGAACACACAGAUUAACCUAUAAACCUGCUUCAAAUAAAAAACUUUUUGAAUUGUUUCA